GACCUCUCCUCACCUUCUUCUGAAAUUCGGGAAUUAAUUCUGCCCUCGCGGCGUUCGGUAACGUUUUUGGUUUCUAUUCAGGUCCGGAUUUGGAUAAUUUAUGGCUCCUCCUCCGCAGCCGGUGGAGCGUAACGGAGGAGAAGCGUCAGUCAGCGGAGAGACGCAGCGGGCUGUGCCGACGCCGUUCCUGACGAAAACGUACCAGCUCGUCGACGACCAUUCCGUUGACGACGUGAUCUCCUGGAACGAAGACGGAUCCACCUUCAUCGUCUGGAAUCCGACUGAGUUCGCCAGAGAUUUGCUCCCCAAACAUUUCAAACACAACAAUUUCUCCAGCUUCGUUCGCCAGCUCAACACAUAUGGAUUCCGCAAAAUUGUGCCGGACAGAUGGGAGUUCGCAAACGAUUGCUUUAGGAGAGGCGAGAAGCGUUUGUUGUGCGAUAUACAGCGUCGGAAAAUUGUGUCGCCAGCGGCGGCCACAGGCGCGGUCGCCCCAGCCGCGGUGGUAGCCUCUGAGGCGGUGACUGUGGUCGCAGCGGCGGUUCCUCCACAGACGGUGAAGACAGUUUCGCCUUCGAAUUCGUGCGAGGAGCAAGUUGUGUCAUCCAAUUCCUCCCCUGGGACGGGCUCCAGAGAAGCAGCAGCCCAAGGAAAAAGCAUGGCGGAGCUGAUCGGAGAAAACGAACGGCUGAGGAAGGAGAACACGCAGCUGAGCAAGGAGCUGAGCCAGAUGAAGAGUCUCUGCAACAACAUAUACCUAUUAAUGUCAAAUUACUCAAACAACUGCAGCAACCAACCUGCAGAUAGCAGCUCGAGACCGCUAAAGCCGCUGGAUCUAAUGCCUGCCGCCCCUGCAGCUUGCGGCGGAGAGAGCCAGCCGGGAGCAAGAGCCACACUAUUCGGAGUUCCAAUCAGUUCGAAGCGGGCGAGAGAAGGCGAAUAUGAAUCGGCUGAGCAGGACAACGAGCUGCGGCUGCAACUGCCCUUGGCCGCGGCCGGCAUGAAACUAGAGCCCUCAGAUCCACAAGAGGGCGACGGGAAGCCGUGGAUUAGACAUUGCCAAAGACGAAAUCAAAGAGUGAGUGAUUGAAGAUGGAAUACUUAGCGGUGGGAUCGUUGUCCAGAAGCCAAAGACCAAAGGCUAAUACAGUCACAGACAUGUUUCUGCAGCACAAACAUUUUGUGUGGGCGUGUCUGUGUUAGCUUGGUAUAUAAAUGGGAUAUUCUAUGUUGGUGUACUUCUAGGUUAAUUCUUCUUCUUUUUUAGUAGUUUUACUUUUUAAAAAACUCAAUGGGUUAAAUUUUAGUAAGGAGGUAUUGGUGAGGUCGAUUAGGAUUAACCACUUUAUUCAUACCGAAUAAUGGAGUGAAAAUGUGAGAUUUCAAAGGGGCUGUUGUUUGUACCAUAGUAAGGUUUGUAGUGUAAACGUUAAUGUAUAUUCAAACCCUAGUUUGGUAGGUAUGUGUGUGUUGUUCUAAUAACAUUUGGGAACCGGA